AUUGGCUUCUUGUCGUAGGAACCCCGCCCCCUGUACAUCGUGUCCCUGCUGUCCUGCGACAGGCUCUGAAGUCGGUGUUAUAACAAGCUGUGAAAACUGAAAACCUUCUGACACAAUCUACAAGAUGGAAACCACGGUGACAUCAGAGCCCAAAUCCAACGGUGUGAUGAAUGGAGGAGCAAGGAUUGUUGUGGAUGAUGAUGACGACGUUCUUAGCCCAACUGACCUGUCCGAAUUGUUAGCUGAGGGGACCAAGGAGUCCCACGACAAAGCAGAGAACUGCCAGUUUGUUAAAGAUUUCCUCAGAGGCCGCAUCAAGAAGGAGCUGUUCAAGAGAGGUACAGCAGCUCUAUACUUUGUCUACUCAGCCAUGGAGGAGGAGAUUGAGAAGAACAGAGACCACCCUCACAUCGCCCCGAUCUAUUUCCCCACAGAGCUGCACCGGCGUGAGGCCCUGGCCCGAGACCUGGAGUACUUCUAUGGAGAGGACUGGGAGAGCCAGAUCAGCCUCUCUGCAGGCACAAAGCCUUAUGUGGACCGCAUCCACGAGGUGGGAGAGCAGGACCCAGUGCUGCUGGUGGCCCACUCCUACACCCGCUACAUGGGUGAUCUCUCAGGUGGUCAGAUCCUCAAGAAAGUGGCCCAGAGAGCACUGAAGCUCCCCUCGACUGGUGAGGGUCUCAACUUCUACCAGUUUGAGGGCAUCCACAGUCACAAAGGCUUCAAGCAGCUUUACCGAAGCAGGAUGAACGAGCUGGAGCUGGACACUGAGUCCAAAGAGAGGAUUGUGGACGAGUCCAACCGAGCCUUUGGCUUUAACAUGAUGGUAUUCACGGAGCUUGAGGAUAUUGGAAAGACACUCAAAGAGGAAGUCCAAGAUGCAGGUUUGGGACACAGUCAUGCAGAGAUCAUGGAAGGAGGUGAUAUCAACAAGUGCCCGUACUACGCAGCAAAAAUGGUUGCCAGCGGGAAUCCCAGUUACGCAUGCCAGUUAGGCAUGAUGCUCCUCAGACACCCGCCCUGUCAGAUGGCUCUGGCCGCCUGGGUGGCCUUCCUCGCUGGUUUCACUGCCUGGUACCUCAUGUGAAAUCGUUCUGCCAUCACCUCUGAGGAAGGAGCAGAGGACCCUGUUGCAUCCUGCCAAACAUAACCUCUUUGCUUUGUCCUGUCUAAAAAGUAGAUGGACUAUGAAACAAUUGUUUGAUAAUGUCUUGGUUUAGAUACCUCAGACACAAUGUUUGUCCCUUGUAGCAGUGAACCUAUUGGGAUUUGGGGAUUAUGCAGAUGUAGUUUGACCAUGAAGACACAACCAAGACUUUAUGGUGCAUUUGUUAUUUAUGAAGUGUGCAUGGAUGAUAUGAACACGCUUGAAGACAUUUCACCAUGCAGUAAUAUCGAAGGCAUUCUCCUCCUUCGUGUGAUUUUAAUGUUUAAAGCUGUUUCAUUUCAAAGAUACAUUGAUGCACAAAUAUGUGUAUACUUUGUUAUGCCUAAACAACUGUUAUCAGUAAAAAGAAAUGGUGAACCUCA